ACUUUCCACUAAGACGUUCUUGAUAGGCAUUCCAUCCUGCUUGUUUGUAACGUUGGGCUUCGACCACGGGGUCCCGACCAGCUCCAUAAAUUCCACGGCCAACAAUGAUAAUAUCGCUGCCACAAUUCACUAUAACUUCAUGAGGUGUACGAUAUUGUUGACCCAAACCAUCGCCCUUUACAUCCAAUCCAAUACCAGGAGACAUUGUAAUAAAGUCAUGCUGAAGGUUGGGGAAACGACGACCAGCAAUGAAGCCGAUGCAAAAAUCAUUAUGCUUUUCUGCCCAUUCUAAAGUGGUUUGAGUGUAGGAUCCAGUGGCCAAGCUCCCCUUGGAAGACAUUUCUGCCAAGAGGAGCAAACCGCGACCAAGAGGUAAGCCAACUUCUUUCAAACCCUGAACAAUGCCUUCUCCAGGAACGGUAUGACAGUUGGUAAUGUGAGCCCAAGAAGCAAUUUUGUAAACACCAGAAGAGUACUGAAGUUUGACUGUAUUUCCAAUAUCGGCAAAUUUACGGUCUUCAAAGAUAUAGAAUCGAUGUUUCUCAGAAAGAGCAGUUAAUUGUUGAAUAAAAUCUUGGUCAAAAUCUUCAAUGACAUCCACAUGGGUCUUGAUGACACAUACAAAAGGACCAAUUUUAUCUACGAGAGCAAGGAUGUCAGCCUUAUUUGUCAAGUCGACGGCAACGGACAAAUUCGUCUGUUUUUCCUCCAUUAAAGCAAGUAAUGCCUUUGCAAGCGGGUUCUUUAACCCAUUUGCUCUUUGUGAAAACUUAUGAUUGAGUCUAGCGUCCAUUUUGCAUACGUCUUCAAAAAUGUGUUCUCUUUGGGGUAGCUGGAAUUAUCAAAUCGUACACAAGAUUGGAAGCAAAGGAAGAAAAUGAAUUCAUAGAAAAGGAGGAAAAAAAAUCAAAUCUUUAAGGUGAAAAAUACAAAAAAGGAAACGUCUACUGAAGAUUUGGUAGACUGGGUUACUGUUCAAUAGAAAAUCUCAUUUUAACAUACUACUAUUCUAUGGAAGGACAAAUUUUCCAUCUACAGUAAAAAAACGAAAAAUAAGGCAUGUAUCUUUACGUUUAAAUCCAUCCUCCCACGGAUGAAGGAAGGGAGAUGCUGAAUAAAGAUAGAAAACAUUCGACAUGCCAAGCAACCCAGCUGUCUUGUAAAAAGCAGAUUAUACACACAUGCUUCCGACAAGAAAGCGGAUACGAUGUUAUGUCGAGUUUCCUUUCGCUUUUCGACAAGGGUGGAUGGGACGACAAUCAUUUUGUCUCAGCAAGAACUGGGCGUUUGUCUCCUCAAUCCAUGUGUCGUACAAGAAGGAAGCCAUAUAGAGGAAGAUUUAAUAAAGCGUCUUUUGUUUUUAUAUUUGUUUAAUCAGCAACGGUAUGCGAUUUUUGGUGCUGCUCAACACGGGAAAGUAAAUCCAAAUAAGAACCGGAAGUUUCUAACCCAUUUCUUUCACAAUACAAAAUCAAUUGACGCUUGGACCAGGAUUUUAAAUGAGGUGGUCUUGUGGAGGGGGAAAAAGCAACGACAAGAGAAGACACGGCUAUGAUACCAGCAAAGGUAAGCGUCAAUGCCUUGGAAACUUUCAUGAUGCAGAGUAAAAGAUCCAUAAACAACAAAGAAAUGACAAGAACAGGAAGGACUCUAGAGAAAAUCAGAAAUUCCAAAACAAUCCGUUUUCUUUUGGUAGUUGGAUGAUAUUAGCUUACAAAAGGAAAUCACAUAUAAAAGAAAUAAAAAUAUGGAAUUAGUGGCUAUCCUAUUUGACUUCAAUUAAACUCGUUACAUGGAAACAUACAUGCUCUGUGUGAAUGAGUAAUGUGUGUGUGUCGCCUUUAAUGGGGAGUGACAAAAGAAAGGCGAAAGGCUUGUGUGAAGGACAAGUAUAACACUUUCAACGUUUUUCAACAUCUUGUUCAAUUGAAUGGCAUAAAUUAAAAAAAAUAACUUAAAAGCAAAGAGAAAUAAGCAGGAUCUGAUGGUUUGGUCCUUUUACAAGAAACGGCUCUCGUGGAUACAAACUAUGCUGUAACCCAACUUGAUUAAACCCAAAUGGAUCUUUUCUGCUAAAUAACCCCAUCUCCUCUUACGAAAUCAAAGACAAAGCAAUAAACCAACACCACUAACAGUGAAAAUGGAUUUCUAAACAGUAUCAUAUUACGAUUACCUUACACGACGAUCUAUCAUAUUAAUCGGAAACACUAAGACAAUUUUCAUUCAUUACAUCUAUUCGUCAUCAAUACAUCAUGACAUGACACGGUGUUACCAUGCAUCAACGAGAGCAUCUAGUUUCGUUCCUGAAUGUAUUGUUCAUGCUCUUUUUCUUUGUAAAUUCUGUUGUUUACGUUUUGAUUUAGAGAGACUUGAGGACAUUGUCAGCAGAAGUGACACCAACGUUAGUGACCUCAUCUUCAACAAAAGAUUUGGUAACCUUGCCAUCCUCAACAACGGCGGCAUAACGCUUAGAGCGAAGAGGUCCUAAAAGGCCGCUGGCGUCAAAGGUAGCAUCGAAAGCCUUGGUGAAUUGACCGUUCCAGUCAGCGAGGAAGUGAACCUUGCUUUGUUCACCGCCUUCAAAAGACUUCUUCCAGGCAGCAGUGCAGAAAACGUCAUUGACAGCAACAAUGUAAAUACCGGCCACGCCCUUAGCUUCAAAGGCCUUUUCGUUGGCGACGUAGCCAGGGACAUGAGAAGAGCAAGGAGGAGUGAAAGCGCCGGGGACACCGACAACGAUAAUCUUGCCUUGGCUAGGCAAUUCAACGUUUUGGUUGGGCUUGUCUUCCCAGAGAGUAACUUUAGGUAAAGAAAAUCCGACAGCGACCAUUAUUUAUAAUUCAAAAAAGUUCAAAUAUGUUUAUUGUGUUGAUUAAACAUAGCUAGUCGUCUGCUUAUAUACCUUUUAAGACUUCAAAAGAUAUUCUUGACGUUUCUUUUCUGUGACGUAAAAUCGCAUCAACGAACGAGUUAGGAAAAUGCCGUGCUUGUUCUCUGCUCUUCUUCCUCCAUUGCUCAUGCCUUUCACCAAUCGAUGAUGCAUGGGCUGCUUUUCCACUAGAUUCAUUCAAAAUUUUUCACCAAGUAUUGAUCUGAUAGGGUGACGGAGAUUCGGUGGUUUCAAGGAAAUAACGCAUCCGUUUUUGAGGACGGUAAAAGGAAUCACGACGUUAGUUCCACUCGCGUUGAGAUUACAUUCAAGGAACAAAUAUAUUUUCUUAUAUCGUUGAAAGAAAAACAAAGACCGAACCCUUGCAUAACGUAAAUAAACAAAGGUUUACUGAUGAGGACAGAGGGAUUCCACUCCCUUGGAAACAUGUCAACUAGAGCAAAAAUCUAGAUGGUAAAGGAUAAAAUUGUAAAGGAAAAGACUUUUCCAAUUCGCUGAAUUUUUUUGCGUCCAAGCGAAUAUGUCAUUUUAUGAUUAUAUCAACGAAGCAGACGAAGCAAUGAAAAGUAGAUGAAGAUGGAUGGUUGAAAGACUCCAAGCUCUAAAAUUUGUUGUACAGACAUUGAAUUCAAAUUAGAAAACUUUACAAUUUGACAUUAGGAACCCCACUUAUAAGUUUCUAUUAUUUUCCUGUUUCCUACCUACUACUGAAACAAGGGACGUAGAAAAAUGAAAAGUUAUCUAGUGUCAGUUAGGAACUGGCUAUUUUGGUUGUUUUCACUCUGUUUCUUGCUUACAGUGAGCAAUGCCCAAUUAUCUAUCAUUGUCAAGGACCCUAACAAAAAGAGUUUCAUACGAGAGUAAUCUGUGAAAAGGUGAACGUGCAAAUGCACCCUUUGUAUGCCAAUUUUUUUUAUUGGGGUGAUGAUAAACUGUCGCCAUAAGUUUAUUUAAUGUAAAGAACCGGGAAUGUACUUUAAGUCCCUUAGAAAGCAUGGAAAAUCUUUUUUCUUAUUAUUUACACUCUGAGACAGAUGAACUUAUAACUUCGGUUUACUUCCCAUCGGAUAAGCGAGAAGAGUGGACGGGUCCAUUCGAGUGCAACAGAAGUUCUGUUAUUAACGAUAUAGUGUCGACGUCGACGGGUAACGUUAGUUCUUACAGAAUAAACGAUUCGGGCUUUUAUUGUGUGGCAACGAGGUCAUUGACAAGCUUGGAUUCAAACAUUGAUAUUCAUUUUUCGAAGUAUAAAUAUGAAUUUCAAAGAAUAGAAGACCCAAAGACGAACAAGAACUAUACCCCACUGGUUACUACUGUUAUUUCUCUGCUAUCAGCUGGUUACUGGAUCUACGCACUCUCGUCCCAACCUGAGAAAGUACUACCUAUUCAAUAUGGAUUAUUGCUGCUCAUUAUUAGCACGGCUAUUAAUCCCUCAUUGUUUUCUUCGGAAAGUUGGAGAUUAGAGCUUUAUCGUUUUCUUCAAAUCAGCUUUCGCAUGUUUGUGCAUCGUUUGCUCCUUUUUCUUGCCUCUUUUGGUUUUGGGGUUUGGCGACCUGUUCAACCCAAAUUCAUUAUCAGUGUCGGUACUGGAUUGGUUUUCCCAUUUCUCUUUCGCAUAUUUCUUAGACUAUAUAUGUUAGAAGGUCGUGAUUAUUAUCAUUAUGAACCUCUGCUAUUAGUUGAUCAAUGGUUAAAUGAGUCUGCUUCCAGAAUAAUCUGGUUAUUCGUCAUUCUUUUGCUGUAUAAAGAAAGGAUCCAAACGAAUUUUAAGUCUGAAUACUCUGCGAAAGUUUGUAACCGUUCACUGACUUACUGCAUUAGUAUCUUCUCCAUUGUCCCUCUCCUUUUUGAUUUUAAUGGUUUAAUCAUUGAUAUGCUUCCGUUUUAUGAAUAUGUUAGCAAAGGCAGUCUAGUGCAGUGGCUGAUUCGCUAUUUUAUUGAAGUCAUCAUUCCUUGUUAUAUUUGGAACCCCUUCCAAAAUGAGUAUGUUGUUUACCGAGAAAGCGUGGAACUUUGAAGUGAACCAGCGAUAUUUUGCUUUUGAUCAUCACAAUCCUUCUUUUUUCCAAAUUUACACAUAAUUAAUAAUUUUGCUAAUAUACUUACCUCACGCAGACUAAUUUCAAUGAUAGUUCAGUAUUAUUUGUCUCUACUAAACUACAAAAACCGUCAACUUACAUAUUUUUUAAG